AUGCCUUCCACAAAUUUCAUUCCAAUUUAUGAGGUUAUCCCUCCAGCUCAAGGUCAUUAUAAGACCGUUAACAAAUUAUCAGAUCUUUCUUGGAAAGUUCCAAAGGAUGGAUUUGAAAAAUCAAGUGCUUUGAAAAUUAAAAAAUCAAUGGAUUCCAAAAUUGAAACUCAAACUCUAUACUUCACUGAUCUUGAUAGUGGUGUAUCUGGUUUUGUUCAAAUACUGUAUUCUCAUGUCCUUGGUGGGUUCUACAGAGGUUUCCAAUUGAACUUUAAAAUUUUCAGUCAUAAGAAGGAUGUCGCUAAAGAUUUUGAAAUAUGGGAGUCUUAUAAAUUGAAUGAUAUGGAAUUUGUUAAAUCUGCUAGUAAGAGUGAUCAUUAUGUUUAUUUGGGUGCUAAGGGUAAGAAGACAAGUAUUGCAUUCACAAAAAAUCCAAAGAAGAAGACUAACACUAAAUAUUAUGCCAAUUUGGAUAUUGAUAUCGAAAUUCCAAAGAAGGACCUAAUUAUUCAUUUGAAAGCAUAUUUAGGUGAUGGGUUUAUGAUUAGUCCAAGUGGUUGUAGUUACUAUUUAGAUAAAGAAGUCAAUUUCAAAGAAGAUACAUUGGCCAAUAUCAAGAGAUCUGGUAGAACUUCCGAAAAAUAUAUGAGACACAUGUUUAUGCCAAACGGUUAUUGUGAGGGUCACAUUGAAUACUCUAAAGGUGACGAUUUGUUAGAAAUUAACUUAGUUAAAGUUCCUGUAGUUUAUAUUGAUGCCGUUCAAGGUCUUCUACCAAAUAAAGCUGCACGUAUGUGGAAUUUCUUAUGUUUUAAGAGUAAAUCUUAUACUGUGACUUUAAUGGAAUUUAUUACAACUGAAGAAUAUGGUAGUGUUACUGUCUCCAUUUGGAGUAUAUCAGAAGGUGAUAAAUUGACUUCAAUUGGUUCUCAAGUGGAUAAUGAUAGAAUUGUCAGAUAUAAACAAGUCGAGGUUGACAAGGAAACAGGUUGGGAGUAUCCAACCACUGUGAAGUUCGAUUUCAUGAAUGGUGAUAAGAUGAAGAUCAAAAACAUGAAUAUGGUCAAUAGAUUUGAUAUCUUAGGAGAACUACCAAGUGCAAUUAGAAAGGCUGCAGAAAGUAUUGCCAAUAUAAAGCCAUACUUGUAUCAAUAUUGUCAACAAGCCGAAUUUAGAGGUGAAAAGGGUACUUCUAUUGUUGAAGCUACAUUUAUUAGUUAG